AUGGCCCUUACACGCUCCGCCAAAAAGUUUUUGCAGAUCGGCAGUCAGGUCGGUCAACACGGCAUGAUCCGUUGGCAUCAAAAUUCCCGGCUCUACGGCUGCUUGGUGAAGGACACCUGGCGGAAAUCACCGAGAAAACUCCCGGAAAAUGUCGUUGAAAUUAAAUGGGAUGGCGCAAAGCGGGCCGUCUACUGCUUCGCCAACCAGUUGGAGGCGUACGAUGAACAGCAGAUCAAGUGGCAGAGAACGCAACCCAACCAGUACGACUUCUACAUUGCCAUGGAAUUCCAACAAGCCCGGCAAGCCGUCAUUAAGCUUCGACGUGAGUGGCGAAAGCAUGUGCGAAGGCAACUUGGCUGUAAAAUGGCUCUGGAACUGCAGAUACUGCUCGAAUCCAAUUCUAGCUGGGGCUGCCAUUUUGACGACGACAAUUAUGUCAACGUUCCUCGACUAAUCGACUUCUUGAGGGAGAUGGACGUAAAUCGUGAUUUUUAUAUUGGAAAGAAAUCUGCGGCUGAAGUAGCUCUAAACAAGAAAGGGGAUACUUUUACCUUUGCCACCGGAGGUGCGGGGAUUUGUUUAUCCAACCGAUUGCUGAGAAGGCUGUACCCGUAUAUUUCGAAAUUUUCCGAAAUUUCUUACAACAUCAGCUACCCUGAUGACGUGACGCUUGGAUAUAUAAUCACGCAUCUCCUACAAAUUCCGCUUACGGAAUCAAAGCUCUUUCACUCACACUACGAGACGCUGCGCAAUAUUCCGGUUGGAGAGCUAAGAAAACAGAUCAGUUUGGGAGGGCUUGUCGGCUCGUUGAUUCAUAACGUGAAGCUCCGAAUGCUGGGCAACGAUCCAUUAUUUUUCAAAGCGCUGCAUAAGUUGAUAAAGCGAGAUAAAGAGUUU